AUGGGGAAACAGAACAGCAAACUGGCCCCCGAAGUGAUGGAGGACCUGGUGAAGAGCACGGAGUUCAACGAGCAUGAGCUCAAGCAGUGGUACAAGGGGUUCCUCAAGGACUGCCCCAGCGGGAGGCUGAACCUCGAGGAAUUCCAGCAGCUCUACGUGAAGUUCUUCCCAUACGGGGACGCCUCCAAGUUCGCCCAGCACGCCUUCCGCACCUUCGACAAGAACGGCGACGGCACCAUCGACUUCCGGGAGUUCAUCUGCGCGCUGUCCAUCACGUCCCGGGGCAGCUUCGAACAGAAGCUCAACUGGGCCUUCAACAUGUACGACCUGGACGGCGAUGGCAAGAUCACGCGCGUGGAGAUGCUGGAGAUCAUCGAGGCUAUCUACAAAAUGGUGGGCACUGUGAUCAUGAUGAAGAUGAAUGAGGACGGCCUUACUCCUGAGCAGCGGGUAGACAAGAUUUUCAGCAAGAUGGAUAAGAACAAAGACGACCAGAUCACACUGGAUGAAUUCAAAGAAGCUGCCAAGAGCGACCCUUCCAUUGUCCUACUUCUGCAGUGCGACAUUCAGAAAUGA